GCUCGAGGCCGCGGCUUCGGCGCGCGCGGGGCGGGUCCGGGGGCGCCGCGCCGCAGCUUCGGCGCGGCCCCGCGCCCCGAGGCCGGGCUCGCGGCGAGCAAGCAGUGGCGAGGCGGCGGCGCCGCAUGGUCGAGGUCUCGACCCCGCGGGGCAUCCCCGAUGGCAGCAGCGCCACGUACGAGCUGCGCGCGGCCCUCAAGAAGCAGCGCCGGAACUCCCGGGACUUCGGCCCUCCGGUGGCGAGGUCGCCGGAGGAGGAGAAGCGCCAGCCGUCGCUGGAAGCGCUGCGCGGCAGCCACGUGGUCAUGAAGAAGAGGGCCUCCUUCGCGGCGGACCACGGGAAUCCUCAGACCGCCCUGGGCGCGCAGGCUGCCGCGCCGGAGAAGGUGCGGCCUUGGGAGCGGCCGGAGCCCGGAGCCGUGCGCAAGAUCGGGGGCCCGCUGCAGGGCGCGGGCGCCCCCGCGCCCCCGCCGCCGCCGCUGGCGGGCCGCGGGGGCCUGUCCGAGGCGGUCGGCCCGGCACGGCGGGCCACGGUGGCGAGAGGCGAGGCGGCGAGGCUGGAGCGCGCCGCCGUGGUCCUGCAGGACCCGCUCGGGGCCUCGAGCCUGGGGCGGGGGCGCCGGUCCACGGGCAGCGCGCAGCCGCCGCAGGCCGCAGGCGCGCAGGCCGCAGGUUCGGUGCACCUUGGUGCCGUUGCCGUGGGGCCCCUGCAGCGGAAACCGACCCAGGCGCCCCGCGCCUCGGCAGCGGUCCCGGCGGUGCCCGUGCUUGGCCGCGGCAGCACGGGCAGCCAGGCCAAGACGACCUCGACGGGCUCCACGGCGCGCAGGUCGGCCAUCUACCAGAGGGGGCCUCCUCUGCGAGGCCCGCCGAGCGGCGCGCGGAGCCUCGGCGAGGCGGGCGGCUCGGCGAGCGCCCCGGAGGCGGUCGGCGCGGCGAGCGACCCGGAGGCCUCCCCGGAUCCGUCGAGAUCUGCCGGGAGCGUCCAGGAGGCCGCCGCGACGCGCAUCCAGGCCGCGCUCCGAGGCGGGCGCGCGCGGCAGGCUGUCAGGCAGCAGGAGGACGCCGCGACCCGCGUCCAGGCCGUGUUCCGGGGGAGCCGGGCGGUGAGGGCCUUCCGCCAGGCGCAGGACGCCGCCGCCGCAGGCAUUCCCGUGUGCACGGGCGCGGAGGGCGCGGGGACCUCCUGCGCCACGGCAAGCUCGCGUCGCGUCGACACGGGGCCACAGGAGCUUGCGAGGCGCGCCCACGAUUGCCUGCUCCUCGCCGCGCUGGACGGGCGCCUGGCAUCGGCCAUGCCCCAGGGGCGCAGCGUUCAGGAGCUGGCCGGGCGGGCGCGGGGCUCCCUGCUGCUCGGCCGGCUGGACGGCCGGCUGGCGGAGGGGCUGGGCCGUUGCAGGGGCGAGCGGCGCCGCAGCGCCCCGCGCCCGCCCGGCGGCGCGGGCCGCGCGGGGGAGGCGAGGGGCGCGGCGGAGGCCGGCGGGCGCAGCCGUCACGAGGCGCCCCCGGCCCGGGGAGGCAUCAACGACCCGACCCGAUGGUUGCACAGCUGCUGCGGUGCGGCCGGCGCCCGCGGCCGCGCCGCCGUCGCCGGGGCGCCGGGGCCCCGCGCCCGGCGGGGCGGCUGCCGCCGACGGGCCGAGGCAGGACAUGCCACGGAUUGCGCUUCCUUCUGGCACAAGUUCGGGUCAAUCGGCUUCGAGGCCGGCGCGCCGCCAGCCGCUGCUGGUGCCGUCCCCGCGGCGUCGUUUGAGAUCGCGCCCUCGGACGCGGAGCGGCAGAAGCAGGAGGAGAAGCGCCAAGAGGCCGAGGAUGGCGAGGAGGACAGAACGGAGGAGUGCUGCGACAGCAACGCGCCAGGCCAUUGGGCACUAGCACGCCGCAGGCGGCGCGGCGCCCGCGAGCCGCGAUGGGUGUCUGCGAAGCUCGGCAAGCUCGGUUUCAUCGAGGUGGUUGUUUUCGGCAUGGUGUUCUGGCAGACCAGACGCGUGGCGCAUGCCGCGCGGCGCCGCGGGCCCGGUGGCGCAUGCUGCCGGGACGCGGCAACACCGGAGGCACAGUGCUUGGAGGAGGAGUUGGAGGAUUUGCGGUUCCUGGUCUCGAAGAGCGGCUCCAUCGGGAAGUCGGUCGAGGCUGCGAAGCCCAUCGAGGGCAAGGCUUGA